AUGUUAUAUAAAGAAUGGAUUGUGGAAGAUAUAAAAUGGUGUUUGGAAAAUGGAAUAUUAAGAAAUACCAGUAAUACAUUGGCUGGAAUUAGUGAAGUUAAAACACACUCGAAGUCGGAAAUUAAAUUAACAUUUUCAAAGUUAUUAGAACAAUUAUUUGAAUCGAAAAUAUUCAAUGAAGAUGUAAAAAACAAUGUUGAAAUUAAUGUGCCGAUAGAAAUUUUAAAGGCAGAAGCCCAGAAGGAAUCCACCAUAUCCAAAUCACUUGAAAAUGUAACCAAACAACUUAGAAAUUUAAUUAAAUCUUUUCAAGUCAGAACAUUCACAGAAAUUAAUUUUUUCUAUUCAUUCAUAUGUGAUUUAAUGGAAAUUAGAAAUUUUAAUGAAAAUAAUUUUAAAAAUGUAUUGAAUAGUACAUUUGAUAAAUUAUUGACGAAAAAAGAGUUUUUCAUGAUUCGAAUAUUUGUAACAUUGGUGAUUAAAAUUUUAAAAUUGGCAGUUCUGAAUUUGGAAAAUACUAAGAAAGUUAACCUUAAAAUUAAUGGAAGAUGGAUGGACUCAAUUAUAAUUGAUAAUGAAUUGGUUAAACUACUACACAAUGGUUCAGUAUCGGGUAUUUAUAGCAGAAUGAAACAAGUGGCAUUUGAAAAUUGGGGAAAUUUAAAUAAUCUUGAUAAUAUUUAUCAUGAAAAUAGUGUAUUGGGAAAUAAAUUAUUUACUGGAUUUAACACAGUAAAAGCUACAUUAAUGUGUGAAUUAAGAAAUCUCUCAAUAUGGAGACAAAUUAUAUUUACUAGGAUCAUUAAUCAUUUGAGUAAUCUAAUUCUUAAUGAAGAAAAUGGUUAUUUUAAUUUAUUGGAAUUGAAGUUAAAUACAUUAUGGAAUCUCAUAUUAGAAUCCAUAGUAGAAUCUGAAAUUGUAACAUUACAUUAUGAUAAUAUAAUAUUAAUGAAAAAUCUUCAUAAAAUGAAGAAUAGAAAUUUUAAUGUGUAUAGACUUAUGAUAAUUCUGAAAUAUAUGGAUUCUUGUACUGAGAAUCUUGAUGACCUUGAAAAUACAAUAAUAUACUUAAACAAAAAAUGUAAUGGAAAGUUAGAGUAUAAAACUGGUAUGAAAAUGUGGAGAUCAAUGGACUUGAGUAUAAGUCAAGUGAGAAUUUCAGAUUGA